AUGCAUCACCUCAGUGUCUGUGCGGCGGGGCUUGGUGGCGUCUCGAUCAACGCCGACGCGGCUGCGGCGGUCGCAGCCCGGCUAAAGCCUGAUGAAGUGCGGGCGGCGGCCAGGGCAGGCUUCCCGGUCAGGUUUGAGACCAUAGAGGAUGAGAUCACCUUCCUCGCGAUCUACCGCCUCCUCGACUUCGGCAGCGAGUAUGACGAGCAGCUGCGCGCAGCGACCGGCCGGGACGCGCGUGAGACGAUGCAGUUUGGGGCGCUUGGGCUGCACCUGGGCGCCAAGCGGCUGGACCGCCACUUUUUGAAGGACUUCAGUCUCUUUGGGGUCACCAACUACUUCUCAUUUGAGGCGCGCGUGGAUCACCCGCUGGCAGACGCGAUCAGGGCAACGCUCAACGGCGCCGGCGCGGCGCUGGAGCGGCUCGGGCAGCGCACCUUUGGGCAGCACAUCCUGAAGCUGCUGGACGCCCGCAAGGCCGCGGGGGAGCCUGCGCUGGCUGCGGCGCUGGUUGCUGACCUGGCGGCCAACUUCCCAGGGUUUGACGACGUCGCAACGUGCGGGGAGUCCCGAAAAGCCCAGGCGCUCGCUGCCGAUCUCUUCGCUCGCUUUGGCAUGCCCACCGACGUGGGCACUGCCGACCCUGGCACCGCGGCGCCGGACGCGAGGUUUGCCUGGGAUGACGCGGCCCUGCUGGCCGGCGACUCGGGGGCGCUCGCGGCGGCGGCGUGGCGAGGGCUGGGGGUGGUGGCACUGCCAGAGGCGCUCGCGGCGGCGGUGGACGGCGGGCAGCCGCUUUCAGUUUUGUAA